GAAAAAUCUGCGAAAAGAUUAAAGCCUUGAAAAAAGGGGGAAUUGCGGCUCCGUAAAGGGCUGGUGCUCUAUUAGGCUUGAAGCAAACACGAAGAAAUUCCCACAAAGUACGAGUAAGCCCGAAAAUUUGGUCUAGCGCUUAGAUUUGGCCUAUCAGGUACCCUGGCCAUAAGCGGUCUUGAGCCUCUCUAAUGCCAAGAGUGCAGGGUGCCUUGGUGUAGGUAGGUAUCUGACGGAUUCUGAUCCCUGACAACGACGAACUAUUGAUAGUACGAGUGGUGCUUCAACGAGCACGACUAGGCUAGGACAGACCUAGCUUGUGCAAAAUAAUAUGACCGAAAGAGGAAGACGGAGACGCAGCUAGAUCACGAUGUUGCGUCUAUAAAUAUAUAAUCAUGUCUACACUACUCCGUAUAUAUCUAGUGGAUUUCCCAUGCAUGAAGCUCCAUGUUCAUCCAGAACUGCGGAAACAUCGAGAUUCUAUAAACGACUAUCAAAGUUAUCCAUUCCCGUGUUUUUGUUCCCGGGUUUCACAAUGGUGAAGUUUUCUUCUGCUUCAUUCCUCGCCUGCGCAGGCCUUGUAACGGCCCUGCCUUCAUCUCUACUUUCUUUGGCUGGUCUUUCUGCUCCCGACAGCGUUCAGAUCGAGAGUCGUUCAACAGGAGGAAAUGUUACCACCAAGGGUAUUGCCCGAUUCGACAACAACAACAUUUGGGACGGCCAGGGCAAUGGAACCGAUACUUACAAGCUCUACCUUGGUAACGGAACAACCGCUGCGGGGUGGCCGUCUAUUGAUUCUUGGAUCUCAUUUGGCAACAUGUUCGAGAAUUACAAACUCCAAAUACAGUGGGCUUGCCAAAACCUGAACUGGCGUCUCCCCAACAAUAAUGCGGACGAAAUUGAAGCUAUUUACAACGGUAUUCAGCUGGCUGCUAAUGCUACUGGCGUCGACCAUCGACUUAUCUUAGCUGUGAUAAUGCAAGAAUCGCAUGGUUGCCCGCGAGUCAACACCACCAACCUGGGCGUUCGCAAUCCCGGCCUCAUGCAGAACCACAACGGGGAUGCCUCGUGCAACGACAACAAAAAACUCACGACACCUUGCCCGACACCAACGAUCCAUAAAAUGAUCAUGGAAGGCACUGCUGGUACAUCCUCCGGAGCUGGUUUGGCUCAUUGCAUCAACGAAUCAGGCAGAGGCGAUGUUUCCGAUUACUACCGUGCUGCUCGCAUCUACAAUUCUGGUUCCAUCUCGAAGACCGGUGACCUGCAAAGUAAUAUUGCUACUCACUGCUACGCCAGUGAUAUUGCCAACCGACUCACUGGCUGGGUUUAUGCAAAAUCAACAUGCACAUGCGAUACCGAUCCCAAAAGCUGUAAUGUAUCAAAGGAUUAGCCAACCCUUGCACGCUGAAAUGUCGUGUGGCCCUUAUAGAUGCAGGCGCUGGCGUAUAAAAAUAUUUUUGGUUAAUGAAUUUACUAGCGCGUCGUUUUAAGUUUUGUAUAUAGAAGCGACGCGCAAGCUGUACAUAGUAUUAUGAUAUCCCGAUUAUAGAAUAGAGUUGUUUGGCUUGGAAUGCAAAGCGUGGAAUGAUGCAGGAUGCAAUAUAUGGCUGGAAAGGAAGAUCGCUCCCAUAGCCGAUGAGAAUAUCACGGUUGAAAAUAUUGGCCACUGUUAUCCC